GUAUUGACAAGUUUGUUGUCCGAACAUUUCAGCUUGCCAUCACAUACCAUUGACGAACCUGGAUUCACUAAACUGUUAUCAUGUCGUCGGGAGCGGAGAAAAGGCUUGACAGCCGAAGGAAAAAGUUGGAAUUCAUGAUCAGAGACCCGAAGUCAGCGUUAAACUUGGAGAGUUUACUGGAGUCCAUGAAUGCCUUGGCCCUGGAUCUGGACUACCCGGCACUACGAAAAAACAAAAAUAUAGACGCCUUCUUAAACCGAUAUGAGAAGUCCAUGGUUAAGAUGCGUGACCUGCAGGUAAAGCUGGAGGACUUUGACAGGGUGAAGAUGAUCGGCAGAGGAGCCUAUGGAGAGGUCCGUCACAAGGCGUCUCAGAAGGUGUACGCCAUGAAAAAGCUGAGCAAGUUUGAGAUGAUCAAGCGCUCGGACUCUGCCUUCUUCUGGGAGGAGAGAGACAUCAUGGCUUUCUCCAACAGCCCCUGGGUCAUCCAGCUGUGCUGUGCUUUCCAAGAUGACCGCCACCUUUACAUGGUUAUGGAGUAUAUGCCCGGUGGAGACCUGGUCACCUUGACCAUGAACUAUGACAUUCCAGAGAAGUGGGCCCGAUUCUACACUGCCGAGGUGGUGCUGGCUCUAGAUACCAUACACUCUAUGGGUUUCAUCCACCGUGACGUGAAACCAGACAACAUACUGCUGGACCAAAAUGGCCACCUCAAGCUGGCUGACUUCGGCACCUGCAUGAAGAUGGACUCGAUGGGCAUGGUCCACUGUGACACGGCGGUGGGGACUCCGGACUACAUCUCCCCCGAGGUGCUCAAUUCUCAGGGGGGCGACGGCUACUAUGGCCGCGAGUGUGACUGGUGGUCUGUGGGGGUCUUCAUCUUUGAGAUGCUGGUGGGUGACACCCCAUUUUAUGCCGAGUCACUAGUAGGAACGUAUGGGAAGAUCAUGGAUCACAAGAAUAACCUUAACUUCCCAGACGAUGUGCAGAUGUCCAACGAUGCCAAGGACCUCAUCUGUGCCUUCCUGUCUGACAGGGAGGUGCGUCUGGGGAGGAAUGGCGUGGAGGAGAUCAAGAGACACCCCUUCUUCAGGAAUGACCAGUGGACCUUCCACACCAUCCGACAGACCGUGGCCCCAGUUGUACCAGAGCUGAGCAGUGACAUAGACACCAGUAACUUUGACGAGAUUAAGGAUGACAAAGGCGACGUGGAGACCUUUCCCACACCAAGGGCCUUUGUGGGCAACCAGCUGCCAUUCGUGGGCUUCACCUACUUCAAGGAAGACCAGCUGCUGAGAGGUGGGAAUACAGGGAUAUCUGUGGAGGACUCUGAAGACUGUAAGGAUAGCUCUGAGGAAAAAGUGGACAGCAUCAAAGGAGAGCUACAAAAUAAACUCCAUUGUCUGGAGGAGCAGCUCAACCAUGAGAUGCAGGCCAAAGACGACCUCGAGCACAAGUGCAAGACUACCACUAGCCGUCUAGAGAAGCUGGUCAAAGAGAUCGACGAGGAGAUGAACAGCAGGCAGAGAGUGGAGUCAUCGCUGAGGCAGCUGGAGAGAGAGAGGGCCCUGCUGCAGCACCAGAGUGCUGAGAACCUCCGCAAGGUGGAGAUGGAGGCAGGCAGGAAACGCAGCCUCGAGAAUGAGCUAAAUGGCCUGCGGGACCAGCUUGAAGAGCUGAAGAAGAGGAACCAGAACUCUCAGCUCUCCAACGAGAAGAACAUCCACCUGCAGAGACAGCUGGAGGAGGCGACAGCGGUGCUGGCUGAGGAGCAGGAGGCGGCGGGGCGGCUGCGGAGGAGCCAGUCAGAGGCCCAGAAGCAGGCCCAGGCCUUGGAGUUCAACCUCAGGGAGCUGGUGGACAACUGCACCCAGCUGGAGAACGCCAAGAUGGGCCUGGAGCAGCAGCUUAUGGGUCUGCAGGCCGACCUGGAGGCCGAGAGGCGGGACCGCAGCCUCGGGACAGAGAUUAUACUGGACCUGCAGGGGCAUAUCCAAGUUCUGGAGGCAGAGGUGAAGCAUGUGAAGGGUUCUCUCUCCAAUUCACAGAUGGAGAAGAGGCAGCUACAGCAUAGGCUCACUGACAUGGAAAAGGAGAAGAGCAACCAGGAGAUUGACCUGGCGUUCAAGCUCAAGUCACUGCAGCAGAGCUUUGACGCGGAGCGGGCAGAGCACAAGGUCACCAAGACACGCCUGGCUGACAAGAACCAGAUCUACGAGUCCAUUGAAGAAGCCAAGUCUGAGGCCCUGAAAGGGAUGGAGCGGACGCUGCAGGAGGAGCGGAGACACAAGCUGCAGUUGGAGUCCAGGCUGCUGCACCUGGAGAAGGAGCACUCCAUGCUGAACUGUGACUACAAGCAGUCUGAGCACAAACUGGAUGAGCUGCGCACGCACAAGGACAAACUCGCUGAGGAGGUGAAGAACCUGAGCCUGUGUAUGGAACAGGAGGAGAAAAAGCGCAUGCUGAGCCAGAAUGACCUGAAAGUCCAGAUCCAGCAGGUGACUGCUCUGUGCUCCUCGGAGAAGCAGCUGAAGCAGGAGCUCAACCACCUGCUAGACAUGAAGCACAGCCUGGAGAAACAGAACCAGGAGCUACGCAGGGAGAGACAGGAGACUGACGGACAGCUGAAGGAGAUGAAGGACCAGCUGGAGGCUGAACAGUAUUUCACGACCCUGUACAAGACCCAGAUCCGGGAGCUGAAGGAGGAGUGUGAUGAGAGGAACAAGCUGUAUAAGGACAUUCUGCAGAGACUGGAGGAGUACCAGGAGGAAAGAGAUUCCCUGGCAGCACAGCUGGGGGCGAGCCUAACCAAGGUGGACUCUGAACAGCUGGCGCGCUCCAUCGCCGAGGAGCAGUACUCCGAUCUGGAGAAGGAGAAGAUCAUGAAGGAGCUGGAGAUCAAGGACAUGAUGGCCCGACACAGGCAGGAGCUAGGGGACAAGGAGGCCACCAUCGGCUCGUUGGAGGAGUCCAACCGCACCCUGACCGUGGAUGUGGCCAACCUGGCCAAUGAGAAAGAGGAGCUCAAUAACCAACUGAAGGAGAUGCAGCAACAGCUCCAGAAGGCCAGGGAGGAGGAGAGACAUAUGAACAGUGUGAAGAUGUCCUUCGAGAAGAGUCUGCAGACGGAGAGAACACUUAAGAUACAGGCGGUCAACAAGCUGUCUGAAAUCAUGAACCGGAGGGAGACGAUGCGUGCGGGUCACCGCCACGAUGACACCCUGGACAUGCGCAGGAAGGAGAAGGAGAACAGGAAGCUACAGCUGGAGCUGAGAUCGGAGAAGGCGAAACUCAACAGCACCAUCAUAAAGUACCAAAGAGAGAUAAACGAUAUGCAGGCGGUGUUAUCUGACGAGAGCCAGGUGCGCAUGGAGCUCCAGAUGGCCUUGGACAGUAAGGACAGUGACAUUGAGCAGCUGCGCUGUCAGCUGACCUCUCUUAGCAUCCACUCUAUGGACUCCACCAGCAUCAGCAGUAGUAACGACAUGGACGACAGCGGUUACCCAGAUACCAGGCUGGAGGGCUGGCUAUCACUUCCUGUGAAGAACACCAAGAGAUUUGGAUGGGAUAGAAGGUACGUGGUGGUAAGCAGUAAGAAGAUUUUGUUCUACAAUAGUGAUAUGGACCGAGAGCAGUCCAACCCCUACAUGAUCCUAGACAUUGAUAAGCUGUUCCACGUCCGACCAGUCACUCAAACAGACGUGUACCGUGCUGACACCAAAGAAAUCCCCAGGAUAUUCCAGAUCCUUUACGCCAAUGAGGGCGAGAGCAAGCGGGAGCAGGAGUUUGCGGUGGAGCCGCUGGCGCUGGCGGGCGAGCGCUCGUCCUACGUUAAGCACAAGGGUCAUGAGUUUAUCCCCACUCUCUACCACCUGCCGUCGAGCUGUGAGGCAUGCACGCGGCCCCUGUGGAACGUGUUCAAGCCGCCGCCCGCGAUGGAGUGCCGCCGCUGCCACACCAAGUGCCACAAGGACCACUUAGACCGGAAUGAGGAGGCCAUUGCCCCCUGCAGGGUGAACUACGACAUUUCCACGGCCAAAGACCUACUCCUAUUGGCCGGCUCUCAGGAGGAGCAGCAGCGAUGGGUCAGCCGGCUAAUCAGACGCAUCCCGAGGAAACCCGCCUCCGUGGCCCAAGCCCCCGAGCCACCCUCCCACUCCUCCCCCGACUCUCCCCUGGCGCCUCCCCCCGCAACUCUCCAAGCCUGUCCCCCCACCGCGGAGCCAUCAAGGUCCAGCCCAGUCGCCAGCAGACUCAGCCUGCAGGGAGGCCCAGCUUACCUCUAUAAUACAAUGGUUUGGUGUAUCCUCUCACAUCAUGUGGACUUUGACUGGAGCCUGGACACACAGUGGAACACACAUCUACUUGACUUGUUCACAAAUGGCACCCUAUGGCUCUGGUCAAAAGUUGUGCACUCUAUAGGGAGUAGGGUGCCAUUUGAGACACACCCAAAGACUGCAAAACGCCAAGCAUUUACAAAUCUUUUAUGGGAAGAGGGUAAAGGGUAAUGUUGCAUUUACAGUGUCUUCGGAAAAUACUCAGACCCUUGACUUUUUCCAUAUUUACGUUACAGCCUUAUUCUAAAAUGGAUUAAAUAAAUAAAUCCUCAGCAAUUUACACACAAUACCCCAGAAUGAUGAAGCAAAAACAGGUUUUUAUACAUUUCUGCAAAUGUAUUAAAGAUUAAAAACAGAAACCUUAAUUACAUAAAUAUUUAGACCCUUUGCAAUGAGAUUUGAAAUUGAGCUCAGGUGCAUCCUGUUUCCAUUAAUCAUCUUUGAUGUUUCUACAACUUGAUUGGAAUCCACCUGUGGUAAAUUCAAUUGAUUGGACAUGAUUUGGUAAGGCACACACCUGUCUAUAUAAGGUCCCACAGUUGACAGUGCAUGUCAGAGUAAAAUUCAAGCCGUGAGGUCAAAGGAAUUGUCUGUAGAUCUCUGAGACAGGAUUGAGUCGAGGCAUAGAUCUGGGGAAGGGUACGAACACAUUUCUACAGCAUCGAAGGUCCCCAAGAACACAGUGGCCUCCCUUCUUAAAUAGAAGAAGUUUGGAACCAGCAAGACUCUUCCUAGACCUAGCAGCCCAGCCAAACUGAACAAUCGGGGGAGAAGGGCCUUGGUCAGGUAGGUGAACAAGAAACCGAUGGUCACUCUGACAGAGCUCCAGAGUUCCUCUGUGGAGAUGGGAGAAACUUCCAGAAGGACAACCAUCUCUGCAGCACUCCACCAAUUUGUCCUUCAUGGUAGAGUGGCCAGAUGGAAGUCACUCCUCAGUAAAAAGUUCAUGAUAGCCUGCUAGGAGUUUGCCAAAAAGCACACAAAGAACUCUCAGACCAUGAGAAACAAGAUUUUCUUGUCUGAUGAAACCAAGAUUGAACUUUUUGGCCUGAAUGCCAAGCGUCAUGUCUGGAGGAAACCUGGCACCAUCCCUACGGUGAAGCAUGGUGGUGGCAGCAUCAUGCUGUGGGGAUGUUUUUCAGCGACAGGGAAUUAGAGACUAGUCAGGAUCGUGGAAAAGAUUAACAGAUCAAAGUACAGAGAUCCUUGAUGAAAACCUGUUCCAGAUUGCUUAGGACCUCAGACUGGGGCGAAGGUUCACCUUCCAACUGGACAAUGAUCCUAAGCACUCAGCCAAGACAACGCAGGAGUGGUUUCGAGGCAAGUUUAUGAAUAUCCUUGAGUGGCCCAACCAGAGCCUGGACUUGAACACGAUAGAACAUCUCUGGAGAGACUUGAAAAUACCUGACAGAGUUUGAGAGGAUCUGCAGAGAAGAAUGGAAGAAAUUCCCCAAAUACAGGUGUGCCAAGCUUGUAGCGUCAUACACAAGAUGACUCAAUGCUGUAAUCCCUGCCAAAGGUGCUUCAACAAAGUACUGACUAAAGGGUCUGAAUUCUUAUGUAAAUGUGAUUUAUUUUUUACAAAUUAGCAAGCAUUUCUAUACCUGUUUUUGCUUUGUCAUUAUGGGGUAUUGUGUGUUGAUGAGGGAAAAAAACAAUUUAGUCCAUUUUAGAAUGAGGCUGUAUCGUAACAAAAUGUGGAAAAAGUCAAGGGGUCUGAAUACUUUCCGAAAGCACUGUAUGUAAGCACUGCAGUCUGACUCACAUCUGUCUCAGUAAACCAAAUUGUUUCACAUUUUGCCUUAUACAGUGUUCUGGCCCCAGAUCUCAUUGUGCUGUCCAUUGCUGUGUCAUUGUUACACCAAUGGCACAAACAGAUCUGUGACCAGCCUUUAUACCGUAUUCAUGUCACAGCAAAUGUCUAUUUCAUCACUUCAUGGAAUCAAAUACUUUGCUCUACAACUGCCUUAUUUUAUGAAUGAUUCCUGCCAUGAUUAAAUACAUAGACAUACACUGAGUGUACAAAACAUUAAGGACACCUUCCUAAUAUUGAGUUGCGCCCCCUUUUGCCAUCAGAACAGCUUCAAUUCGAUGAGGCAUGCUCUCUACAAAGUGUCAAGCGUUCCACAUGGAUGCUGUCCAUGUUGACUCCAAUGCUUCCCACAGUUGUGUCAAGUUGGCUGGUAGUGGAUCUCUACUCUGAAUAGCUUGAUUCAUCUCAUUCCACAGAUGCUCAGUUGGAUUGAGAUCUGGUGACUGGGCAGGCCACUGCAGUAAGCUGAAUUUGUGUAUGCCUAUUUUGUCCUCUUUCAGUUCUUGACACACUCAAACUGUGCACCUAGCACCUACUACCAUACCCUGUCCAAAGGCACUGAAAUCUUUUGUCUUUCUCAUUCACCUUCUGAAUAGCACACGUCUCGAUUGUCUCAAUGCUCAGAAAUCCUUCUUUAACCUGUCUCUUCCCUUUCAUCUCCACUGAUUGAAGUGGAUUUAACAGGUGACAUCAAUAAGGGAUCAUAGAUUUCACCUGGUCAGUCUAUGUCAUGGAAAGAGGUGGUCCUUAUGUUUUGUACAUUCAGUGUAUAUCUACCCGUAUUUAACAUAGAAAUAGAAUGAAUGGCCGCAUAACGUUAUUGCUUAAUAGACCUGAAUGGGGGAAUCCGUUCUAUUCAUUCUGAUUCUAUGGUCUUUACAUGCCUGGAUGAUCCUCAGCAACUAUUUGAUUGUAGAUGGUGUUGUAUUAAGUAUGUUUGUGAGAGUGUAUUGCCACAUAAAGAUAUGUGACAAUUGUAUUUCCCUGUAAUUUUACAAGAUGGGCUAUGUAUGAAGAAAAAACUGGGCAAGAUUGAAAUCUGGGGUCAGUCCACAAUUGAUAUUCAGAUGGGUGCAUUGCUUCAUUCAAAUCAGUAUGUGUGUUGUAGCCUGAUCCCAGGUCUGUUUGUGCUGUCUUGCCAACAACAACGACAAUAGGAGCAAGACCGCGCAAACAUCUGGGUCCAGGCUAAAGUGUUUGUCUUUAUGACAAAAUAAGGUAAGCCAUGAUGUACAAUAUGGGAAUAUUAUUUCGCAGUCGCCCCAAUCAUAUAGAGUAAAGUUGUCCCUAGAUGCAUUUCCCCCAAUAAAGGAUUAUGGGAGGGAGGGAAAGCUGAUCCUAGAUCUGUCACUAGCAGAAACUUCACCCCGGAGGUUCUCACUCCUCAGUUCACAGGCUUCUGUAAACUAUGGUGACCCUCAGACAGAACUGUAUCAAUAUAAUUUUGUAUUGUACCAUAUGGCUGCCUGUCCACUACAUAGCUUUAAAAAAAAAUCAACUGUACUCUUUAAGACAUCAACAGAGAAUAUGUAUUUAUUGUGCAUUUACUUGUAUUGCUUAUCAUUUUGCUUUGGAAAAGACUUUUCCGUUAAGACAAUCUAUCCUUUUUCCAAACACUAUGUUCUGGGACCAGAAUGUGUUAUUAAGACAAAGACCAGUGGAUAAGACUCUGUUUGUGGUUUCACAAGUCAGGGACAUACUCAUCAGGGCAGGCAACAAAAAACAUUUUAUUUUUUUUCCAAAUUCAGAUGAGCGUUUCUUAUUGGACAAGUACAGUUAGUCCCUCCGUUUCAGUCCGUUUUCUGUCAUUUGGUGCCUAAAGAACAUGACCCAGGUGACUGACUCUCCUCUCCAAAGCUCAUUCCACCUUUUUGACACCUCUUCUGUAGUGGAAUAUCAUGGCCAGCACAAAUCCAUUGAGCGAUGACAAGACAGCAAACCGAGUAAGAACUGAACGAAUUAAAGAACCAAGCGUUACAAACUGAUCACAGUAUGAGCUCAUUUCCUAAUGUUUAUAACCACUGAAACUUAUCUUCUAUGUCUAUUGCAUAGAUCAGACAAAGACAUAGAGUUCGUUAGAGGAUGCAC